CGCGGCGAGAGCCCCGAGCAGCAUGCGGAGAGCCGCCGCCGGGGCCCCGCCAGCAUGUACGUGAGCUACCUCCUGGAGAAGGACGGGCCCAUGUACCCCGGCCCGGUGCGACUCGGGGGGCUCAACCUGGCGGCGCAGAACUUCGUGGGCGCCCCGCAGUACGCGGACUACGGCGGCUACCAUGUGAACCUCGACAGCGCCCAGUCCCCCGGCCCGGCCUGGCCCGCGCCCUACGCCGCCCCGCUCCGCGACGACUGGGGCGCCUACGGCCAAGGGGCGCCGCCGGCCGCCGGCGCCGUCCACGGCCUCAACGGCGGCUCCCCCGCCGCCGCCAUGGCCUACAGCCCCGCCGACUACCACCACCACCACCACCACCCGCACGCCCACCACCACGCCGGCCCCGCGCCCCACUGCUCCGCCGGGGUCAUGCAGCCCCUCAACGCCGCCAACGCCGCCGCCACCGCCGCCGCCGCCGCCGCCCCCGAGCCGCUCUCCCCCGGCGGGCAGCGCCGCGGCCUCUGCGAGUGGAUGAGGAAGCCGGCGCAGCCCCCGCUCAGCAGCCAGGUUAAAACCAGGACGAAAGACAAGUACCGCGUCGUGUACACCGACCACCAGCGGCUGGAGCUGGAGAAGGAGUUUCACUACAGCCGCUACAUCACCAUCAGGAGGAAAGCGGAGCUGGCCUCCAACCUGGGGCUGUCGGAGAGGCAGGUGAAAAUCUGGUUCCAGAACAGGCGGGCGAAGGAGAGGAAGAUCAACAAGAAGAAGCUGCAGCAGGCGCAGCCCGGCGGCGCGGAGCCCCUCAGCCCCGGCGCCCCGCUGCAGGGUCCCGCGGCGGGGGCGGCCGCCGCCGGGCUGGGCCCCGCCGCCCCGCAGUGA